AUGGCUCAAAAUGGUGGUAAUGAUUGGCGCCAUAUUUCACGAAUCUUAAAAAGACACGAAAAAAAUCUUGAUCAUUUUAACUGCUACAGCAAGUGGGUGGGUCUGAAAAACAGAUUACAAAAAGGCACUUUAAUUGAUAAAAUUUUGGAUAAAAACUUAAUUAAAGAAGUAGAUCAUUGGGACAACGUAAUGAGAAGAUUAAUUUCUCUAACUAUUAUGAUGGCAAAGCAAAAUAUGCCUCUCAGAGGCUCUUGUGACAAAGUCUAUCAUGAUAAUAAUGGAAACUUUUUAAGAAUUUUAGAAUUUUUGGCUGAAUUUGAUCCAGUUAUGGAAAAACAUUUGUUUAGAGCAAAAAAAAAAACAAUUUCUGUGCACUAUUUGGCAAAAGAUAUUCAGAAUAAAAUCAUUGACUUGAUUGAGGAUAAGAACGAAAUUCACAUUAAUGAAAGUUUUAUUGGAUUUCAUUUAAUUGAAGCUUCGACAGGUUUAGAUUUAUCAAAUGAGAUUAUUGACUCUCUGGUAAAAAAUAACUUGUCGUUAGAAAACAUAAGAGGUCAGAGCUAUGACAGUGGUGCAAAUAUGAAAGGCGUAAGAAAUGGUGUACAGGCUUUUAUUCUAAUAAAAAACAACCGAGCGGUUCAUAUUCCAUGCUGCAGUCACACAUUAAAUCUGGCAGUUGUUGAUUCUGUGAGAUGUUCACCUAAAAUUGCUAUGUUUUUCAAUAUAAUUGAUCAAGUUUACAAUUUUUUUCCUGCUUCAACAAAAAGAUGUUUAAUUUUGCAAUCAAAGUGUCCUUCUUUAACAGUUAAACCGUUAAGUGAUAAAAGAUGGGAAAGCCACAUCAAUGCUGUAAAAACACUUCGAUUUGAAAUGCCAAAAAUUUAUGAAGCACUCAAACAACUUCAAGCAGCUUCAACGAAUAUUUCAGAGGCUUUAAAAGCAAUGGAAAGAACGAUUAAUUUUUUUAAGGAAAAUUACAAACAGGAUAAAUUUGACUCUGUUGUGUGUAUUGCACAAGAACUUGCUUCUUUUUUAAAGGUAGAAGAAAGUUUUGCAUCAGAAUCUGCUCCAAGACUCUCAACAGUCAAGGAAGAUGAUUUAAAAUCUCAUUGCAUCGCGUUGAAAAAAAAACUAUCUGAAAAUGGAAAAAAAGAUAUUUCUGGCGAGGAACUAAGUUUUGAAUUAAUGUCUCUUUCUUCUCAUUUUACUGAAAAUUUGGAUCCUAAAAAUGCUAUAAAAUAUUUUUACGCAAAUGGUUUGAAUGAAAUCUAUGCAAAUGUAUCUAUUGCAUUGAGAAUUCUUCUUACAUUACCAAUAACAGUAGCUAGCGCCGAGAGAUCUUUUUCGAAAUUAAAAAUUAUCAAAAAUUAUUUAAGAUCGACAAUGGGCCAGGACAGGUUGAACAACCUUGAGAUGAUUUCCAUUGAAAAUAAAAUUGCCGCUGAUUUAAAUAUUAAAGAUAUCCAGUUGAAGUUUUUGAAAAGGAGAGCUCGAAAAGUAAUAUUUUCGAAAUAA